GGAUUGAGGCGGAAGUGCAGCGGGAUAAAAACGCCAUCAGUGAGGGGAGUGACUGUGUGCAGCUGCAGUUAGCAUCAAUCUACUGUUUUAGAAAUAAAAAUAAAAUAAAAUGUCUGACGAUGAUAAAUUACCCCCCGGGUGGGAGAAGCGCAUGAGCCGGAGUUCAGGCAGGGUGUACUACUUUAACCACAGUACGAAUGCGAGUCAGUGGGAGCGGCCGAGCGGGGGUGGCGGCGGCGGGGGGGCGGCGGUGGACAAGGUGCGCUGCUCUCACCUGCUGGUCAAACACAACCAAUCACGCAGACCGUCGUCAUGGAGACAGGAGAACAUCACACGCACCAAAGAGGAAGCUCUGCAGCUCAUACACAGAUAUAUAGAACAGAUAAAGUCCGGUGAGGAGGACUUCGAGACGUUGGCGUCUCAGUUCAGUGACUGCAGCUCCGCACGUAACGGAGGAGACCUCGGCAUGUUCGGCAGGGGUCAGAUGCAGAAGCCGUUUGAAGAAGCUUCGUUUGCGCUGAAGAUCGGAGACAUGAGCGGUCCGGUGUUUACUGACUCCGGGGUUCACAUCAUCCUGCGUACAGGAUAACUCUCAUCCCUUCAUUCAUUCAUCAAUCCCUCCAUCCGUCUCUUUCUGUCUCUUAUUCCACUAUACAUAACAGUCCAUGGACUUCAAUCCAACACACACACACACACACACACACAUAUAUACGCUUUUCCCCCUGGGUUUUACUCACACACACACACACACACACACACACACACACCACCCAGAGUCACUUUCAUAUUUGUUUACAAUAAAGCAUCUGUAAUAAAAAUUAAAAACAGUAGAAUAAAGAUGACUCUGCCGUUUAUCAGACUUCAGAUUUCAUCAGUUUGAUUGUUUUUUCCUGCUCUGUGUCGUUACCUGCAUCAUGAUGCGUCCUGGACACGAUGUCAAACCUGCAGCGAUGGAUAAUGACCAAUAAAUAUAAUCACAUGAUGAAUACA